CUAGAUAUGUGUUAGAGGACCGGUUCGCCCUCUUGCCCCAGGGAGGGACCAUGUGAGGGAUUCACACAAGCUUGUCUUCUCUUGCUCUUUCUGCAGGGUCUCGGCUGCUCCGCUGAGAUGACCCCUCCGCACCCCUCGGGCCUGCACCGCCAUGGACGCCCCCUUUAACUCUGCCUCCUCCUCCUCCUCCUCCUCCUCCCACUCCUCUACUGCUGUCCCCCCGGCAGACGGACAGGAUGACAGGGCCGCAGUUCGGCCUGCUCAGGGCUCUCCUGCCUUGCCACCCACCAAAGAACCCCCCCGCUGGGACCCUUCCUCUUCCCCCUCACCCCUUCCCGACGGCGUCAUGAGACCCUGCUCCGGUUCCCAAGCAGAGCUCGGUCUGGCCAAGUUCCCCGCGGCCAUCUCGUCCACCCCGCAGCUCCAAGUGGACCACGGCCCAGCAUUGCCAAAUCUACCCCCUUUCCCUCCAGGAACGCCCCCGGCCGAAGAUGGGGCCAAGCUGGAAGCAGAAGGCGGAAAAGAGGGCGAGGAGGGUGGAAAUGAGGCCCAGCUCUUCUUUGCUGCCAACGGCUCGGCCUACCUGCUCAAGCGUGGCCACGUUCUCUUACCAAAGGGCUCCCCCCUCGCCGCAGCUCCCCAAGUCUCUACCCUCCACGUCCAGUGCAGUGGAGGUCCUAACCAAGGCUUUACGUCGACUGACCAAAUGUCCCAGAAUACCUCAGCGCCAGGCGAGCUGACCCCUCAAGGCGCCUUCUACAGCUACCGACUGGCCGGGGCCCCCGCUCAAAGUACACCUGCCAAAAACGCUGCCACCAAAUCCAAAGAUGCCCCCACCACCUGGGCGGGGGGCGAGGAAUGCUCCCGAGGGGAAGCCCGCCUAGGCCGAGACGAGGAGCAGCCGGGGGCUCCCCUCUGGCUCUGCCUAACCUGCCGCCUCUCUUUCCGCCAGGGCCACUCCUUGGCAUCUCACGCCCGCGCAGCCCAUGGCGUGCAGCUCAGCAACCCCAAAUGCCAAGCCCUGGACGGAGGGGCUUCGGCCGUGUUCCAGGGUACCGACCUUGGCUUCCUAGAACCAAAUAACCCCACCACCGAGGCAGACCUCAAUGCCAGAAUGUGUAGCAGAUGGGUGAAUGUAAAAGAGGAGGAGGAGGAGGAGGAGGACCAGAAGAGGACCCCAGAAAGACGAUGCGAGCCACCAGAUACCAAAGAUUCAAGGGUCGGCGGCACGCACUGGGCAAAGGGGGGCCUGGAGGAGAAACCAGAGGAGGAGGAGGAGGAGGAGGAGGAGGAGGAGGAGGAGGAGGAGGAGGAGGCACAAUUGGGUGAGAACAGGAAAGAGGAGGAACAACUUCCAGACCAAAGCUCGCCCGGUUCACAAAGCCUGCUCUUGGCUGCUAACACCCCUCUCUCAGAGACGCCGCUGACGAAGGCCAGCAGCUUUGACCAUGCCAGGUUGCCCAAGGAGGACGUCAACAAGGAGCCGACCAACGAGGCGAUUCAGGAAGGGCUGACGCACGAGGUCCCUUGUCUGGACCCAGCUGCCGAAAUCUGCAGCACCGAGUCUGCUCCCCAAGUGGGCGGCGACACCGUCCACAACGACGCGGACGGGAUGGGCGCCGGGCUGGCCCACGACAUCGGCACUGCCGAGCUGGCCAACAGCCUGGGCAGUGUGGGGAUGGCCAACGAGGUCAUCCCCGCUGGAUUUGAGGUCAACAACGGGCUCGGUAACAGCAGCCACAACGGAGGAGCCCCGCUUGCCUUUGGGGAAGAUUUCGCAGCCAUGGCCUACUCCGGGCUGACCUUAUCUGGGCACAUGUCCCUGCUUCACUCCCGGAAUUCCUGCAAGACGCUCAAGUGUCCCAAAUGCAACUGGCAUUACAAGUACCAGCAGACCUUGGAUGUGCACAUGAAGGAGAAGCACCCGGAGAACAACAGCCACUGCGCGUACUGCAGCACGGGGGGACCCCACCCUCGCCUGGCCCGCGGGGAGAGCUACAACUGUGGCUACAAGCCCUACCGCUGCGAGGCCUGUAACUACUCCACCACCACCAAGGGCAACCUCAGCAUCCACAUGCAGUCCGACAAGCACCUGGCCAACCUGCAGGGCUACCAAGUGACGGGAGGCGGUGGGCCGCCGGCCGCCCCUCCUGCCGCACCUGCCCCGUCCUCCCCCGAGGAGAAAGAGCCCAAAGGCAAAUCCUCUUGGCAGUGCAAGGUGUGCAGCUAUGAGACCAACAUCUCCCGCAACCUGCGAAUCCACAUGACCUCCGAGAAGCACAUGCAGAACAUGCUGCUGCUCCAUCAGGGGUUGCCCCUGGCGCUGCCCGGGCUGCUGGGGCAACCUCAGCCCCCUCCCGGGGGCAAGGCUCAGCCGGAGCUCUUCCCAUUCUACGGGGCACAGGCGCUCGGCCAUUCCCACCACCCGCAUCCCCACCAGACACACUCGGGGAGCAGCUCGGCUCUGCGGGCGGACAAGCCCAUGGAACAGCCCCAACUCUUGCUCAACGGCGGCUUCCAGCAUCUCAGCGCAGCAGGCAGGAAGAUGGCUACCUUGGGGUCGGCACCCACCUCUCUCUCUCCUGAGCCUGCUCCACCUUCCCCAUCACCGGCCCAAGCUGGACCCGACCUGUCGGCCCCCCAGAGAUUGUUCAGCUGCCUGGUGUGCCAAGCGUUCAGCACCGACAGCCUGGAUGCCCUGCUGCGGCAUGCCUCAGCCCCACGCUCCCUGCCCGAGGCAGAGUGGAAGGAAGUGUCGGGCGACCUGCAUCGGUGUCGGCUCUGCGCUUACGGCACCCAGUUGAAAGCCAACUUCCAGCUGCACCUCAAGACCGACAAGCACGCCUUGAAAUACCAGCUGGCUGCCCACCUGCGGGAAGGGGGCAGCCUUGGGGCCCACUUGGGGGUGGAGCUCCCCCUGGGCCCACCCCUUCACCUGCACUGCAACCUCUGUGAAUAUGAGACUAACAGCAAGGAAAAAAUUCAGCUGCACGUUGCAGGCACCGGCCACCAGGAAGCCCUACAAGGUUACAAGUUUCUCCAGGAAAUGGAGUCCCCCUCGGCGCCCCCACCCGUCUCCGAAUCGGCGCCGUUCCGCUGCCUCCUGUGCAAUGUGGACGCGCCGAACCGCCUGGCCAUGAUCCAGCACCUCCGGUCCCCCCCACACCGCGAAGCCCACGGGCAGUGGCGCCUGCAGCUUCUCCAGAACGGCGAAGGCACUCUGGGCCUCGAAAGAUACAUCUGCUUUGCGCCCACAAACGCCGCCGGGAAGGAAUCUGUUCUGGAUAGUUUAACUCCUGAAAAAGAAAAGCCAAACAAAACGUGGAUACCUGGUGCUGAUGAGACUGAAGCGACAGCUUCCAGUCUGGGUGACAGUACAGUGACUCUACUUUGGGGGGGGGGCGGUAACCUGAUCCGUUUGAGCCCUUUCUGGGUUCUGCUUCUCCAGCCGGUGCUGCCAAUCCAACCCCCCCUUAACUUUUUGACGUCUCCCCUUGCCCACCAGGUGUUCUGCUGUCCGUACUGCAACUUCGUGGACCCAUCAGCCGAAGCCGUGCGGGCUCACACCAUCUCCCAGCAUGCCGUGCAGCCCAAGUUCCACUGCCCCCUGUGCCAAGAGCAGCUGGUGGGCCGUGCCAACCUUCACUUCCAUCUCAGCCAUGUCCACAAUGUGGUGCCUGAAUGCGUAGAGAAGCUGCUGCUGGUGGCCACUACAGUGGAAAUGACUUUUGCCACAAAAGUCGUUCCUGGGGUCACCCUUCCUCCUGAUCUGCCCAAACCAGGUGGGACUCUCAGCGUGGAGCAAGGGGCUGGAACUGAAGCCCCAAGCCCCUUCAUUGCACCAGCCACAGAGGAGAAAGCUUGCCCAACGCCGGUGCUUUGCCCUGAAACCCCCCCUCCUUUGGUGGCUACCUCCCCACCUCCUAAUGAGCGCCCAGAAAAGUCCCUUCGUGCCUCUCCUCCCCCCGCCUCUCUUGCUGUAACUCCUCAGGAGUCUGAAGAUGACGACCCUUCUCACCCGAAUGCCACCCCUGAGGAGCAGCAGCCACCAGCACAUGUCCUGGCAGAGCCCCUUGAAUCUUCACCACCCAUCCUGCCCAAUCCAGACUCCCGGCACCCACUGUCCUACCGCAAGGCAACCAACUUUGCCUUGGACAAAUUCCUGGAUCCUGCCCGUCCCUAUAAAUGCACAGUUUGCAAAGAAUCUUUUACCCAGAAGAACAUCCUCCUGGUGCAUUACAAUUCGGUUUCCCACCUCCAUAAGAUGAAAAAGGCCUCCGCCGACCCUUCCAUGUCAUCUCGGGGCGAGCCUGGCACCCCUGGGGCCCUCCAGCCGUCCUCAGACAAACCGUACAAGUGUACCACUUGCCGAGUCUCUUACAACCAGAGCUCCACCUUGGAGAUCCACAUGCGCUCUGUUCUGCACCAGACCCGCUCCCGCGUGGCCAAGAUGGAAGCUGCGGGCAAGGCAGACUUGCCCCCGGCUGAAUUGGAGCACCCAAAUGAGGCCCCCCUGGAAACGGAGGCCCCCGGCUGCGUCCAGGUGCCAGCGCUCCCAUUUUUAACGCCAUCCACGGCAGAGCUACCACACUUUCCUACGCCCCUUUUCACCCCACCGCUGCUGCCACCCUUCCCUUUGGUACCCGAGUCGCUCCUAAAACUGCAGCAACAGCAGCAGCAGCUCCUGCUCCCCUUUUAUUUACAUGAUCUUAAGGUGGCCCCCAAAUUGGCUUUAGCGACGCCGGCCCUGACCCUCCCUACCCCCUCGCCUGUCCUGCUGCCACCACUGCCCCCCAAGGAGGAACAGGCCCCAACGGCCGCUAGCAGCACCAAGGCAGAGGUGGCCGAAGAGACCGAAGGAGAAGACACUGAGGGGAGCCAGCCCGGCAGCGAGGCCUCCCGCACAGCCGCCAAGGCCCUUCUGGAGAACUUCGGCUUUGAGCUGGUGAUCCAGUACAACGAGGGCAAACAAGCUUCUGCGGCGCCUCCCGCCAUUCCCCCGCGUCCCCCUGUGGGCAAGCUGCAGUGCGGCACCUGUGGGAAGCAGUUCUCCAACAUGCUCAUCCUGAAAACUCACGAGGAACACGUGCACCGGCGGUUCCUGCCCUUUGAAGCCCUCAAUCGCUACGCCGUGCAGUUCCGGAAGAGUUAUGACAGCAUGUAUCCCCCCCCUCCGCCAGUGCUCCCAAUGGAGACAACGGCGGUUGCCACGACUGCUGUGGCAGUCUCCACCGUCACCACCGCUGUUGUGGAGAACGCCACCGUCACACAAUCCUCCAUGCCCCUGGAGAUUCCCUCCCUCUGUCCUCCGUUUUUAAUGCAACCCAUGCCGGUGGUUGUGACACCACCGGAAAACGAGCCUCCCUGUGUACCUCCUGAACGCCUGAAGUCUCUAUGGUUUCGAGGGGAGGAAGAGGAAGGCAACACUGCAUCAUCUGGAGUCCUGGAGCUUCCCCGGGGGAGCUUCCCUGCAACCCGGCGUUUCUCUCGUACCAAAUUUACAGAGUUCCAGUCUCAGGCUCUGCAGUCCUUCUUUGAGUCGAGUGCUUAUCCCAAAGAUGGUGAGGUUGAGCGUCUGUCCAUGCUUUUGGGGUUGCCCAAUCGGGUCAUCGUGGUCUGGUUCCAAAACGCUCGCCAGAAAGCCCGAAAGAGCGGUGGGAGCGAAGCCAGUGGGGGCAGCGGAAACAGCACCAUGCAGCCGUCUUGCAAAAAGUGUCGGAUGUCCUUCCGCUGCAUCUUUGAGCUGGUGCGCCACCUGAAGAAGUGUUAUAAUGAUCAGCUUGAUGAGGGGGAAGGAGAUGGGGGUGAGGAUGAGAAUGAAGCCCCUGAGGAGGAGGAGCAGGAGGAGGAAGAGGAAGGGGAACAGCGAGAAAUCUUGGGACCUGGUGGAGAUAGCAAGACAGAUGGUGCUGGAGACAAACCCAUGGAAGAAGAGCCGCCUGCCUCCACAGCGCCCCCAGAUAUCUCCAAGAACCAUCCCUGCGAUCAGUGCACUGCCAUCUUCUCAAGCAGUGACCUCCUCAACAUCCACCGCAUUAGUCACAUGCCAGCAGCUGGUCCUCCGUUGGCUUCUACUGGUCCACCACCUUCCCUCGACAUGACCCCUUUGGUGUUUGGUGAGCGUGCGGUCCACCCAGAUUCUUCUCGUGCGCAGAAGCGGAAACAUGAAGAUGGGACCCUGUCCCCCACGGGGAGUGAAAGUGCCAGUGUCCUUGGAGGAGAAAAUGAGCCCCCACGGGAUAAACGCCUGCGCACCACAAUUCUGCCAGAGCAGCUGGAGAUUCUGUAUCGCUGGUACAUGCAAGAUUCCAACCCCACCCGGAAAAUGCUCGACUGCAUAUCGGAAGAAGUUGGGCUUAAAAAGAGAGUUGUCCAAGUGUGGUUCCAGAACACAAGAGCCCGUGAACGGAAGGGCCAGUUUCGAUGUAAUACCAGUGCCAGCGCCCCAACCAGCAAGCUGUCACCAGCACACCCCAAUACUUUCCCAAAGUUCAACCCUCCACCACGGGACCCCCCCAUUCAUUAUGGUGGGUCCUUUACACCCAACCUCCCUACUGUUAACCUACAGCCACUUCUCACUAAGCCAGAGGUUCUCACAGAACCACAGAUGCAGGAAGACAUGGCUGAAGAAGAGGUUCCCAAGGAGCACGAAGACCGAAGCCUGUCUGGGGGAGAGCUGAGCGAUUCUUCCUCCUCCUCCUCCUCUUCCUCCUCCUCGGCGGAUCUGGAUUUCUCCAGCAGCCAAAGGAAUCGAAUGAUGGAUGGAGGGCUCGGAGGUGUGCCCGACUCUCUGGGGCAGAGGCGGUAUCGUACCCAGAUGUCUAGCCUCCAGCUGAAGAUCAUGAAGGCUUGUUACGAGUCCUACCGAACCCCAACCAUGCAGGAGUGCGAGGUGCUGGGGGAGGAGAUAGGGCUACCCAAGCGGGUGAUCCAGGUGUGGUUUCAGAACGCGCGGGCGAAAGAGAAAAAGGCCAAGGCUGCCUCCGGCGGGACCAGCGGUGGUGACGAGGCCCCCUCCGCUGCUCAGGCUCAAUCUGAAUGCCCCUACUGUGAAGUCAAGUACGAUUUCUAUGUCUCUUGUCGUGGGCAUCUCUUCUCCCGAGGCCACCUAGCGCGGCUAAAGGAGGCCAUCAAAUCCCAGCUCAAGAGUGAGAACAAGUGCUAUGAGCUGGUGUCGGACAAAGGAACACCCUCCCCAACCAGGCUGGGGGUGCCUGUGACCCCCACUGCCAUGCCAUCUUCUCUUGGGAGCAAGCCCCCCUUUGUGCCAGGCACGGCUGCUUCCUCCUCAGGGGUCCUGAGCUCCCCUUUGGCCUCCUCCCAGCCAGGCCUCUCCUUACCUCAGCAACUGUCACCAGAAUCUGGCCAGCUUGGCCCCUUAACCGAGCCUGCUCCAGUUCCGGCAGCCUCCCCAAGUGACAGUCAGGCCGAACUCACGUCAAAUUCAGCCCAAGACCCCUCCUUGUCCUCCACUGCCACACUGAAGAACCUCAAGACGUUGAAGGCUGCAGUGCCGGCCCUGCUGGGGGGCCAGUUCCUGCCCUUCCCAUUGCCGGCAGCGGCCACGGCAGCAGCAGCGGCCCCCUCCCUUUUUGGAGCCCAGCUUCCCGGGGCGUACUUCCAGCAGCUCUAUGGCAUGAAGAAGGGGCUGUUCCCUAUGAACCCUGUCAUACCUCAGACACUUAUGGGGCUGCUGCCCAGCCCCCUGCUCUCAACACCCACACCUGAGCCCCCCGUUGAGGUGUCAGAGGCCCCCGGCAUCUCUACAGUUGACGUGACUCACCAGUACCUUUGCCGCCAGUGCAAGGCCGCCUUUGAGAGCGAGGGGGCGGCGGUGGCCCAUCAAGCUGCCCUCUGCUACUUUGGGCGCCAGCCCGCCGCCGCACCACCCCCACUGCGCGUGCCUGUGUGCACCUACCACUGCCUGGCCUGUGAGGUGCUCGUGAGCGGGCGGGAGGCGCUGGGGGCCCACCUGCGCUCCAGCGCCCACCGGCGCAAGGCCAGCUCCAACACAGCAACCGCAUCGGUGUUUGCCAAAGAGGAAUCCAAAUUACCUCACUCGGACUCCAAUCCAAAAAGUAACGCUACCUCUACGACACUACUAGCUUUAUAGAGAUGGAUGCUAUCCUGCCGCCAAUGGAGAGAGAAUGACUCGUGAACGAACCUGUGGGUGGGUGGAUGCCCACUUGGACGACCCCUCUGCUUCCACCCAACCAUGUCCAUUUCAGCUCCAGGUCCACCUUUUUCUAAUGGCCAGCAAGGAAGUCAUCACGAGAGAGGGUCCACUUGUGCCCCUCCCCAAGUGAUUUCAAGGGCCUGUGUCCCCCGUCCCAAUUUUUAUUCCAGAUGUCAUUCCUCUUCCACAGGAUGACCAGAGGUUGAGCAAAACGGCCGCCCAUCCAUUGAGGAAGCCCUGGUCCUUACUAAGCUUCAUCUCUGGAGGGUGUCCAGCUCAACAAUUCCCUGGACAUCAUGCUGUUGCAUUCUCCUACCCUACCUUUUCUUCACACAGAACUGUUCUGUCAUUCCUCCCAUUCAGAUAUCUCCUUAAGUACCAGUUGAUGCUCAUUCCCUACCUCUUCCCCAUCUCCCAGACAACUGGCCAGAUUCAACAUGAAUGGCACCCCAUCAUCUUCCUUCUCGUUUCCUCUGUAGUUCCUUCCCACCUAUCUCUGCAUUCCUGAGUCUUCCACCUCCUUUGUUACAGGCAGGCCCCUCCCUUGACAAAGGCAGAAAAGGCUCCAGAUCUCUUACAUACGAGCAUCUUCAGUGACCUUCCCACCUUUUGGCGUUUUCUGCCAAGAACUGGAGGGGAAGCCUCCCAUUUGAAUCUCCUUUGAUGAUCCUGAGAAGCUGGGACUUCCCCCUUCUUUUAUAAUAUCAAAACUAUGCCGCUUCUCUUCACAUCAGUGAAAAAUUCCAAAAUUCUUCACCCACAUGUCACGUAACUCCUGUUCACCCAACCGCACGGGGCCCCAAUCCUUGAUGAACCUGGUCUCACCUCUCCCACCCACCCCAUUUAAGACAGUUGCUGGCACACUCUUGAUGUCCGUCAUUCAUUCAAGUCUCCUUUCUCUCACUUACAUGCAUAUACACCCCCCCACCCCUCCAUAAGAUCUCCUCCUCUCUCACUUACCACCCACCCUUUUACUGUGUUACGGACUGAAAAAGGCCAAAAAAAAAAAAAAAGGAACAGAAAGAAUGGACAAGAAAAAAAGAUUAAUCCAAGGAGACAAAACUUAAGGCAGGAGGGGAUUAAUUGAGAAACUCAGUCUCCCCACAACACCACUACCAACCCUCGAAGAGCAUGCGCUGCCCAUUUUUGUAUAUUAAUUACCGUCGAGGACGGAUGGACUAAUUCCUGAACUGUUGAUGGAUUUGAUCAAGUUGAACAGCAACCAAACAGGGCAAGAAUUUCUCUUUCCCGUAUUUUUUUUUCCUCUCUCUCCUCCUCCUCUUCCCCACCCCCAGCUGGAUCUUUACUUGCACUGGGGAACCAAAUAAAACCAACAACCUCGCUGUCUUUUUCCUCCUGAUAGACAUGACUUCUGUCUCUGCGCGGGAAACGACACAAAAUCUACUCCGAUGGCUUUAAAAAUAAUUUUUUAAAAAAAGAGAGAGAGAGAAAGGACACUGAAAGACCUACCCUCGCCAGACAUGGAGACACUCCCUGUGUGCCGUGUGCUGACGUGCUCGCAAAAAAGGAAAAAAAAACCCUCUUUAUGAAUCCAAAGCUCUUAAAAAAAAAAACUUCUAUACAAUAACCAAAAAGAAAAACCAACCAACCAAGAGAGAGAGAGAACAUUCACCAACAAAAAGAAGUCAUAAAAAGCAAACUGGAAAUAAUUUUCUUUUUUUAAAAAAAAAAAAAAGACGUAAGAUGAAGGAGAAAAAAAAAGUUAACCCCUCACGUUC